GAAGAAGAGCAAGCGGCAAGCAGGAGCUGAAAGCGUACUGUUUGGUUGUUAGAAGAUGACAGCCAUUACGAUUUCGCCGGCCACGCAUGGAAUUAUUCAAGUUAUAAAUGAAAGCAACCUGUGUAAAAUUGAGAGCUACCUCAAUGACACGGCAUACAGGGAAUCCAUCGAAAAUGCAUCAAAUUAUAAUAGCCGAUUAUGCAGAGAUCGACGGCUUCGUAUGCCAUUCCUCGAUUCACAGACAGGUGUGGCGAUGAAUCAUUCUGCUUUAUUUAUGUCCGCGAGAGAAAGACUACCAGGUUUAUUGCACGGUCAAAUAUAUACAUAUCCUAGUAAAAGAUGGAGAAAAAAACGGCGUCAGUAUUUAAUGCAUUAUUUGCAUCCAAAACGAGGACCAAGAGGAGACCCAGAGGACUGCGUUGAAGGAGUAGAGACUGUGCAGCAUGUGACCGAUGAUAGUAAAGAAUCGGUUGUUCUUAAAGUUUUCACAGAUGAACAUCAUAGUAAAGAUGCAUGGUACUACGACGAGCAGGACAUGCUCGAUAUGGACACGUACGACGAACCUGAUCCGGAAAGUGACUAUGAUUACGAAGAAAGCUACAGCAGUAAAAGAAAACGAAGAAAACCCCGCGGAGCUGGUCAUCAUCCUACACGAAGUCACCCACCUGUUACGGACAGUCCCGGGAGCAAACGUACGAAGGGUGGGGGACGUGGGCGCAAAAAAACCAACUAUGAUGCCGCCGACACUGAUAAGCCAUUCGUUUGUGACCUAUGCAGCGCACGGUAUAAAACCAGACCUGGUCUGGUCUACCAUUACGGUCAUUCCCACUCUACUUCCUCCGGUGAUCCUGCUAAGGAACUAAGUCCCAGUCCUGCCGAAGUUGAACCUAGGAGCGUUGCAGACACCGCUGCUUCGAACCAGCCAGGUGGUACACGUCGGGGUCGUCAGAAUGCAACCUCAUCGAGUACUUCGAGUCCCUCUCCCGCAGCACCUUCCGCGUCCGCUGCGGGAGCGUCCACGCAGCCUCAGCCGCAGUCUCAGCAGCCCCAGCAACCGCAGCCGCCGCAGCAACAGCCGUCACCGCAGACGCAGCAGCAACAAUUGCCCGCUGUGCCGGCGACGGUGGCGCCAGUAUCGCCCACCGUUCCACCCGUGAAGGAGGAACACCUGCCGGCCGUCUCGUCGCCUGGAACCGCCGUCCCCUCGCCGUCCUCGGUGAGAACGGAGGGUCCGCCGACACCCGGGAACAAUGAAAAAAAAGCUGGCAAAUCAGCGCAACCCUCCCCGUACUGCGACUUCUGUCUGGGCGACGCUAGGGAAAAUAAAAAAACCGGCGGCUCCGAGGAAUUGGUCUCUUGCAGUGAUUGCGGUCGCUCAGGGCAUCCGACUUGUUUGCAAUUCACAGCGAACAUGAUCGUUUCUGUUCGCAAGUACAGGUGGCAGUGUAUCGAAUGCAAAUGCUGUUCCAUUUGUGGCACCUCUGACAACGAUGAUCAGCUGCUGUUCUGUGACGACUGUGAUCGUGGAUACCACAUGUAUUGUCUGUCUCCACCUCUUGCAUCUCCUCCUGAGGGCUCCUGGUCUUGCCGUCUGUGCAUAGCAGAAUUUCAUCACCGUGAUUAAAGUUACUUGUCUCGUAGAUAAGUCACGGAUUUUUAAUCUAUUGCUGUGGUGCAGAGGCCGUUUUCGAAUUAGGAGAGUAUUCGCAAGCUCACUUUCCUUAAUAGUAUUACGUAGACGCGGAUGUACUUCCAAUUAUCGAAGAUAUUUCGUUGGUAAGGAAGUUCAUUACAAAGUUGGCAGCAUUAACGAUUUAUUUCUUUUUUUUUUUUUUCUCUCUUAUUUAAGUUCCAAUAAUAAGACAAAACUAUACGAAGUAUUCGUAGUGUAUGCUGCGUUAGAUAUCUCAGGCACUGGUGAUCUCAGAAAACUAAAAGUAUAAUAACUACGUAUUUAUAAUUUUAACGAACUAGUGUUUACCAGUAGAUGUAUAAAAGUAUGUCGUUAAUGGAUUGUCUUAAUAUUUCUAUAAAAAAAAAAAAAAAAAGCAAACAAUAAACAAACAGUCUUUAAGCUCACCGUUAAUGUUAAUGGAAUUAAUGGAUAACCUUAGUGUAUCAAGGACUCUGACAACGGAUUGUCGACGAAUUAUUGCAUUUUUCAUUGAAAUGGAACAAAUGUAUUUUUUAUUAAUUUUAGAAAGUCACGUAGUAUCUAUGGAGAUAUUACUAUUAUAGAAAUUUUAGAAAUUAGUUUGAGAAUUGCAGACAUAAUGGUACUCUCCUAGUUCUAGGCCAAAUUUACUUUUAGCCAUUGACAUUCGAAGUUUGGUUGCUUUUAAAAUUUUGAAAAUGCUUAUAUUUAAAAGAAUUUGGAGAUCUCAAAUUUUCAUAAACUCUUAGCUCCUCGCUAUUGACUUGGUCCGAUCCAAGAAUUCACAAAAGAAGCAAAAGUAAGAAAAAAUUGAUAUUCUAGGCAAUUGAUAUUAAUAGUAUCUGUUUCAUAAAUAAAGAUAAAUAAGACACUGUCUGUUUAUCUGUACGUAUCAUGAUGCUAAAGCUUUUACACUUAACGACACAGCCAUUAGUAGCAGUAUAGCUAUGACAUAAAAACUCGCAGUACAGCAGAAAAUUAUAUUCUAUAUUC